AUGUGCCAACAACUCCCUCAGUCAUCCGAACCGCAACUACAAGCUCAGAUCACAAUGGCACGGUUUAUCCUUGCGUCUCUUCUGCUGCAGGCUUCCUGCAACCUUGCUUCAGCUGCCCAAUAUCUGGACUGGAGCACCUACAAAGCCAACGGCAUCAACCUUGGCGGAUGGCUCGUGCAAGAAUCCACCAUCGACACCACUUGGUGGUCUCAGUACUCCAAGGGCGCUCCAGAUGAAUGGGGCCUCUGCGUUAAUCAAGGCCCUUUGUGCAGCGCAGUCCUCGAGCGCCGGUAUGCGACCUGGAUCACGCCCGCCGUUAUCGACAAUCUACACAAGUUUGGAAUCAACACCCUCCGUAUCCCCACUACCUAUGCUGCAUGGGUCAAAGUGCCAGGCUCGCAGCUCUAUUCCGGCAACCAAGUCUCGUUCCUGAAAAACAUUGCCUCGUAUGCAAUUGCAAAGUAUGGCAUGCAUAUUAUUAUCGAUGUCCACUCGCUUCCUGGUGGCGUCAAUGGUAUGCCGUUCGGAGAGGCCGAGGGGCAUUUUGGGUGGUUCAACAACCAGACAGCGUUGGAGUACUCCCUCGAAGUGGUCGAUGAGGUGCUCGCUUAUGUCCAGAGCUCUGGUCACCCCGAAUUUUACACUAUCGCACCCAUCAACGAACCAGUCGACAACACAGAUCUUUCGUUCUUUGGUACCCCGCUUGCAUUAAGUGAUGAUGGAGCUGCUUGGGUUUUGCAGUAUAUCCAGGCCGUGAUCUCCAAGGUCGCUGCUGUCAACCCCAGAAUCCCAGUAAUGUUCCAGGGCAGCUUCCGUGGUGAAGCAUACUGGUCCCCACUCUUGCCAAGUGACGCAAAUAUCGUGUUUGAUGUGCACCACUAUUACUUUGCUGGUCGUGGCACCACGAGCGAGACCAUCACUUCCUUCAUCUGUUCGGAUGCGGAGGGAUCACCAGGAGAUGGUAAAUUCCCUGUGUUUAUUGGCGAGUGGUCCAUCCAAGCGGAACUCAACAAUACCCUGGCGGGAAGAAGGCGGGCUCUGAACACAGGACUGUAUGCAUUUGCCGCUCACACUCGAGGAAGUUCUUACUGGACAGCGAAGUUCUUUGGCGAUGGCGUUGUCGAUGGCGAAGGCACACAGACAGACUACUGGAACUAUCUCGCGAUGGCAAACGCCGGCAUGAUCAAUCCCAGCGAGGCCAAGAACGAGUGUGCCUAA